CGGGUGGAGUUGAGAAUGCACGACAGUUGUCCUGACCCUCCUGCAACCUUACUAGCAUAAUUGGAUUGUCCAUAUCACCGCAGACCUCCUCAUGGAUUCCGCUACUGCCGCCCCUCGUGGCGCCAAAAUAAGGAGUGCCUGCGAUUUGUGUCGCGUUCGAAAGAUCCGCUGCGAUAAAGCCCAACCCGCGUGUGAGAACUGUCACCUUGCAGGACUCCCUUGUACAUUCACCCCACAGGCCCCUCAACAGCGGAAAAGUCUUCGCCAAGAGCUUGCCGAAGCUCAGGCUCGCGUACAGGAGCUAGAACGAGCGCUAGAUGCAGGCUUAACCCCCACACACCUUCGUGUCCAGGAUGACCAGUCAAAACCAUCUACUCCCGGGCAUUCGAGCAUCUCAUCCGCGUCACCUCAGAGUCAACCACCGUCCUUGACUAAUUUGGACGCUAACUAUAUCCCCGAUACUCGCUCUCUAGAUGCUGCUUUAGCAUCCUUUCAAUCCCACCUCGCAUGGUGCGGGCUUGGAAGUCGCCUUUCAGCGGCCCGAGCAAAUUUCUGCGCAACUAUCUACCAGCAAAGUGGUCAUACCUUUGACUUGGACGAGUUCUUGAUUGAAGCCGCAGCAUCUUUCGAGAAACAGGGCUUUUUAUCCAAAAAGAAAACUACAACCUCGAAAUGGCCAUCACCCUCUCUAGUCCAGCGAUGUGUGGAAUACUAUGCACGAUGCGGACUCUAUUCCAUGUUCCCUUUUGCGGAUGCCGAGGCGCUGCAAAUGCUUGUCAAUGCCGACGUCUUGAAUCACCCAAACACGACUCGCGCUGCUAAUCGUGCCUGCUUAGCUGCGUUCACGGCGAAUAUCACUAUAAUGCACCGUCAUGAUCCUGCCUUUUGCGACGCUGAUCCUGACGCCUAUGCCCAAGCAGCACUUUCACUCGUACCCCAGAUACUCAUGGAAGCCCCGGACUUGAGAACGCUUGAAGCCAUUAUGAUGUUGCUAGUCUACAUUUCUCCCCUCGGACAGCCCGUGUCCGCAGAGCUACUCCUAGGCAUUGCAAUACAAGUCUUGUACAACCUCGGGGGCCACAAAAUCCGACCGACACCCGAAAUCCCCGGUCGAUCCCACCAAAGCCAGCAUCUCCGUGCACUCUUCUGGCUCUGUUACGGCAUUGACAGCGAGUUUUCCAUUCGAAAAGGCCAACCUCCAAUGCUCAGUGAGGUACACUGUGAUCUAGACUUACCAGUCAACUACACGUUGAAAUCAUCAGAGCACCACUUCUAUUGGAAGCCACUAUCCUCGAAAGAACUCCUCUAUCCGUCCGAUCUUCGGCUGAACUUGAUCAAAUCAAAGAUCUACAAGCUCCUCUACUCCGAGAAAAAUGCGUCUCACUCUGAAGCGGCAAGAAUCCAACUCAUCCGUGAAUUGGACUAUGACUUGAGUACGCUUAGGUCUGAGUUUCCCGUUGACUGUCGACCAGAUCUGUUCGCGACUGAAAACGCCCCGGAUUAUCUAUUCCACGAUCUGAGCAUACGGGGCGUCAGUAUCCAUCUGGAAUAUUAUUAUUGUCUGGGGAAAAUCCACGGGGCAAAUAAUUCCUACAAUAUUCCCGCGCAGGCUUCCUGGUCCCCGCUGUCAUCCAGUGCCGAUAUUUGUUACGAAGCAGCCCGCUCGACAUUGAUAUACGUCGGUCGAAUUCAACAUAUUAUCAAUUAUCACACAUUUUGGAUCCACGCCCAAUUCGUGCUCACGGCUGUCCUCACACUUUUCCGUUUCCUCAUCACGGCCCCCUCUGCCCCGAACUUCGCCCGUGAUCUCAAGAUACUGGACGACACGGCCAAUCUCUUCGCUGAAUUUACGCAGUCGGAUGAUCCAGAGAGAAACUGUUUUCCACCUUUCUACCUCGCUCACGCUUUAAUCAAAAAGUUGGUGUUCCUGGCUGGGGAGUCACAUAUUCAGUCUAUAGCCAGAUAG